GUUCAGGCGAGCUGCAGUGAGUCUGAGGCUGCUGUGUGGUUGAUGUCUGGAGGGGAAGCGCAGGAGCCGCAGAUGAGAGAUGGAAGCAGAUCACAGCGACGAUGAAGAGUUGCCCACCUACAAUCUGACCAUCUCCUACUCUGAUUACGUCAGCGUAAAUGUCACCGACCUCCCACCGGACGGCAGGAACUACACGUUUUCCUCGUAUUACCUGCAUUCUCCACCAGUGGCCACCAUCUGCAUCCUGGCCUACAUCCUCAUCUUCUUCCUCUGCAUGGUGGGCAACCUUCUGGUGUGCUUCAUCGUGCUGAAGAACAAGCAGAUGAGGACGGUCACCAACAUCUUCAUCCUCAACCUGGCCAUCAGCGACCUGCUGGUGGGCAUCUUCUGCCUGCCCAUCACUUUAGCUGACAACCUAAUAACAGGCUGGCCCUUCGAUGAAGUGACCUGUAAGAUGAGUGGCCUCGUCCAGGGUGCCUCGGUGUCUGCCUCAGUUUUCACGCUGGUGGCCAUCGCAGUGGAAAGGUUUCGCUGUAUUGUGUACCCGUUCCAGCAGAAGCUCACUCCACGCCAGGCCAUCAUCACCAUCACCUUCAUCUGGGCUUUGGCCAUCAUCAUCAUGUGCCCUUCAGCAGUCACACUGACCGUCUCCCAUGAUGCCUAUCACUUCAUGGUGGAUGGGGACAACACCACCUACCCGCUGUACACCUGCUGGGAGGCGUGGCCAGAUCAGAGCAUGAGGAAGAUCUACACCAUGGUGCUCUUCUCCCACAUCUACCUGGCACCUGUGACGCUAAUCGUAAUCAUGUACACCCGCAUCGCCCUCAAACUCUUCAAAUCGCCUGCCUCCAUCCGAGACGCCCAAGCCGAAGACGAGGGCCGGCGGGUGUACCGCAGAAAGAUUCGUGUGGUCAACAUGCUCCUGAUGGUGGCGCUGUUGUUCACUGUGUCCUGGCUGCCCCUGUGGAUCCUCAUCCUGCUGACUGAUUAUGGGAACAUGAGCUCCAGCCAGCUCAACAUUCUCGCGGUCUACAUCUACCCCUUCGCCCACUGGCUGGCCUUCUUCAACAGCAGCAUCAACCCCAUCGUCUAUGGAUACUUCAACGAGAACUUCCGCCGAGGCUUCCAAGCAGCGUUUAAGUUCGGACUGUGCCUGGUGGAGAUGCCUCCCCAGCCCACUGCUGCACAUGCAGCUGGAGAGAUGGAUCGCAGAAAAGGAAAGUGGAAACGGAACCGGGUGUUUGCAGAUGGACGAGUGGAGAAAGGGAGCACUCAGGUCAAUGGGAGGAGAGAGUUCUGUAAUGGAGAGACACAGAACGAACUGGUGCUGGAGGAUCUGGAGUGAACAAACUUGUAUUGACUGAAAUAACUUGUGCUGGAAGACCUGAAAAGACCAGUAGAAAACUGGUACUAAAGGAUCUGUAGCAAAUGAACUUCAGG